CCAGUUGGUCAACAAACUUGAAAUCACAGAACAUGGGCAGGAGGUAUUAUUGCGACUAUUGUGACAAAUCAUUUGCAGAUAACCCUACACAUCGUAAAAACCAUCUAAAAGGGGUUCAACACCAAAGAAAUAAGAAAGCACACUAUGAUUCGUUCAGAAACCCAGAAAUUGUGCUACAAGAUGAACUUUCAAAGAGACCUUGCAAAAACUUCCUUAGCAGUGGGACCUGUAAUUUCAUGGACAAUUGUAAAUUUUCACACCUUACAGAUAAAAGGAGGACAGAGUUAGAGAAACUGGUUGAAGAAAAACAAAGGGCUAAAGAACAGAAGAAGAGGAAUUUAGAAGAUGAUGAAGCUCCUGACAAAAAGCUCUCAGAGUGGUUAUCGAAGAGGUUAAAAGGAGAGGUCAAAGUUAAUGAAGAAGAAAAGGCUCCCCUUUUACCAGUGUAUGAAAUCCCUCCACAUGUGGCUCAGAUACCAAACCCCCCACCCUCCAUCCUGCCCCCUCCACAAGAUGUUCUCAGGGGACUGAAUUUUGUGGACUGGGGUUGAUAUGAAAUGUGAUACCUGUAAUACAUGUAUCUAAAUAGUAAUCCCUAUAUAUGCAUUAAUUUGGAAGAGUUUGUUGAGACCAGAUAAAACUUUAUAUUUUUUUCAACCUUAAAUAAGAGAAACACCUUAUAUACAUGCAUAUGUAGCUUUUUUUAGUUGUGAAUGAAGAACAAUCUAUGCUGAUUAACAUUAUUAAAUGUGAAUGACAAUGCAUCUUGAUAUGUAUAAUUCAGGCUAUUAGAUUCUGCAUAAAUCUAUCUUCCUUAGAUAGAAUUACAUGUAUCUGUUUGACAUACACAGAGAAAAAUAAAAUGACAAGAAAAAUUGGA